AGGAGGGCUGACGGGGCGCACGAGACGCGCCGCGUCUGUUGUGUUGUCGGAUAGCAGGUUAGCUUAGAUAUCGUUGGGUUCAUUUAGUUUUCAGACGCGAUAUUUUGUACACAACCGGUAGAAGAAAUCUCUGCUUCCAAAUGGUUUACGUCGGGCAUCGUGAAAUGAAUGACCGUGAUUUACAAACCCCAGAAGUGGCGAACUGAGAACCACCUGUCUGUAAACCCUGGUGGAUUUCUGUAACACAGCUCUGGUUCUGGUGGCUGCAAGUGUGUGCUACGAUGAGCUGGGCCACAGAAGACUGGACCGCAGGUCUCUCUGGCCGUGUCCUGCAAAAGGUUCAGGAGCUUCAGGCGCACAAUGAGAAGCUGAACCGAGAGAGACAGCAGAGGCAGCUCCAGCUGGACAACUCUGAGGCAGCCCUGCACAAACAGAAGCAAAAGUAUGAGGAAGUACGUGUGGAGCUGGCGGCAGUGCAGAGGGAGCUGGUGGGAGUUCGAGAGGGGGCGCAGGCAGAGGUGCGAGUGAGGGAGAGACUGGCCCAAGAGCUUCAGACGAAAGCUGCUCACGUGUGCGCUCUUGAGAGCCAACUCGAGUCGGCAAAAACACUUACACAGAGGCUCACACAGGAGGUUAAACGACUGGAGGCUGAGCUGGAAAAGCUACAGAAGGAUAGUCUCUCAGGAGACUCCAUGUUGUUUUCCACUCCAUGCUGGAACAUAAACUCACCCUGGGAUCAAAACGGUGGUAAGAGUGGUCUCAGAGGAGAAUGCGACACUAAAGCUCACCAUGUCAGACAACAGCUUCUGUUUGGAGAAAGCCCCAAACCCUCGGUGGGUGGAGUUUCAUCACCGUUCUCUCAGCAACCCCACAAAACCCCAUCCCUCCGGCGUGGAGUCCUCCAAUCAGAAGCACGUACCCACUCCUCUGUGUUUCCGUGGGAACGGGAUGACACAAGGUCCACUCCCAGAGGAAGACCAGCGUCCCCCCCUUCUUCAUUCUCCUCGUCCAGUGAUGUCGUUGUAGACUCUGAUUCACAGGAUAAUGGGGUUGCGGAGGCGCUGAGGAGAGAGAGAGAGGAUCUGUGUGUGCGUGUCUCUGGGCUGCAGAAAGAGCUGCAGGUGGAAAAGGAGCGCUGUAGGGAGACUGAGUCUCGUCUUGCUCAGACACAGAAAGAGCUCAGCAUGAAAGAGCAGAAUGUUACUCGCUCCAGAGACGAGUUGGCCCGUGCACAAACGCGCGUCACACAGGAAGGGGACCGGGCCCAGGCAGCUGAACAGCGUGUGAAGCAGCUGCAGGAGGAGUUAAAGUGUCAGAGGCAGAACGCUGAGACCAGCCGCUGCAAUGCUGAGCAGCGCAGGAAAGACAUGGAGAGAGAGCACCAGAAAGAGUUAUUGGAACUGCAGAGAGAGAGGCAGUCUAUGGAGAAGCAACAUCAGCAGGAGAGCAACAGACUCAACCAGGAGAUUCAGCAAGCAAGAACAGCACACAACACACUACAGGCGCAGCAUGACAAGCUGGCUCUGCAGAAGCAGGCGGUGGAAAGGGAUCUGGAGGGAGUGCAGGCCAAGCUAAAGAGCACACAGGCUGAUCUCACUGAAAGUCAGAAGAGGGAGACUCAGACACUGGCAAAACUCACGGAGUCACUGAGGGAAAGUGAGACCCUCAGAGUGUCUCUGGAGCAGCUGAAGAAGAGGGAGAAAAGUCUGGAGGCAGAAGUGAAGAGGCUAACUGAAGAGUUAGCUGAAGCACUGAAGCUCAUUAAGGAGUUGCAGGCCCAGCUUGCAGCUCUUCCUCCACCAUUGGUCUCUCAUUCUUUUACUCCUGUGGCUGGAGAUAGCUUAACUCCUGUUCUCUCCGUCCACCAUGAUCGCUCUCCUCCUCCUCAGUACUCAACCCAGAAGAAGAGAGCUCCAAAACCCGGAAGACCAAGAGAGAUUGACAGACCAGGGAUAUUAACAUAUCCACCCGACAGAGAACCUGGUGAAGGUAUUGAGUCGGAACAUGUCAGCGAAUUUGGAUCUGGAGACUCUGUGACACUAAGCAUCAAAGAGCAUGAAGGGAGUCAGCACAGAGCAGGAAGGCCUGGUGAAGUUGACAUGGACAGCUCUAUUACCGAACAAGACACAGGGAUAGAAGAUACGGACACAGACUCCUAUAUGUCUGAUUCAACCAGUGAGCGUAUGUUUAAAGAUGAAGGUUUUCCACAGACAGACAUUCAUCGUGACCCUGGAACCAAAAACUCAACCUCUUCCCAUCAGGGACAGAAACAGGAUUCCUGUUCUAUAAAGGAGUUAAAGAAAGAGAAUGCUGCUCUGCGGGAUGAGCUCAGGGACACCAAGCAUGAGCUGGAGCGACGUCUGGACGAUCUUGAGACUCAGAGGCGUGCAGAAACCGAGGCCAGGACCAAACUGAAGCAGCUGAGCAAGAAGUACUCAAGCCAGGCUGAGCAACAUCGUGCCAAGGCCCAGGAGUUCAAAGAGAAAGGCAGCAAACUGGAAGCCCAGCUGGAACAGGAGAGGAAGGAGAGUGCUAGACUCAAGGAACUGGUAGCUACUUUGGAGAAGGAGGCUGUAAGAAGACAGGAGGAGGGUGAGAGAGAAGAGGAAGAGAGCAAAGAGGAGAACAUCAAGCUCAAAGAGACCUUGGCUGAGAUGGAAAGCAAGGAAGAACAGCUUGAAGAAGAAAAGGAGAAAAUGCAAAAGGAACUUGAGAAGCUUCAGUCUGAGCUUUUGCAGGAGCGAGAGGAGAGAGCGAGGGAGAGGGAGGAGGAGAAGAAACGACUCAAGAACAAUGAACUGGAAGGUCUAAAGAUUGCAGAACUUCAAGCAGAGUUAGACCGACUACAAAGGUCCGCUGGCCUGGAAGACAAAAAUGUAAAAGACAACAUGCCUUUAACCUAUCUGCAACUUUGGAAACCAGUCAAAUGCCACAGAUUACGUUACUGCAGUCGUUGAAAAUAACGUAAUUUCAUCUCCUGAUGCUUU